AUGAAGUUCUUCAGCUCUGUCCUCGUCUGCGUCGUCCUGGUGGCCACCUAUGUCUCAGCCCAGAGUCCUGGGCCGGAUUGGCCUCGAUGCUCGAAAACAUCCACCUCUUACCACCCAGGCUGGGAGGUCCUCGGUCUCGACUUUCUCCCUCCCGAUGGACGCCAUCAGUCCAUCGCCGUCCGCUUCGAAAUACAGAACGCCGCUGACGGCGCACGCACCACGUGUGAUCUCUCCAGGGAUGUAACAGAGGCCGAAACGGCGCUGGAUUCGAUCAUCCUGGAUAACGAUGACGGGAUAUGUCUUACGUUCUGGUCAGCCGACGAUGACUUUGAAGGAGCGGCCGUUGCAGAGACUGCCAAGGUCUCAUUUGAUGUCUCGUCGGGGGAGUUGACGGUUGAACAGACGUGGUCGUGCGAUGAUGCUGAAGGCACCAAUAGGAUGCGCUAUACCGGUAAAGCUACUCAGGGCUUCGACUACGAAUGCGCGGUCGGCCGCGAAGGCGAGCAAACCACCUGUCGCCCCCAAACCCUCUUCAUAAUCGGAGAAGCUCCCAUCUUCAUCGGCCCAGCCAAAGUCACGGAAGUCUCCUCCGGAAGCAGCAGCACGUCCUACCCGAUCGACAAGCAGGAAAACUGCGACGCCCUUCCGACCGAGUUCGCGGGUUGGCAGAUCCUCAGCAUGAACUACUGGCCGCCCGCCGAGCAGCCCGAGGGAUCCCCCUACGAGCCUGUCAGCUUGAGGGUUGAUCUGCGGAAUUUGAACGACGGGUCGCGGACCGUUUGUUACCUGGCGAGUGACGACGUCAGCGAUGCGGACGAUGGGAUCACCCUUACGAACAAGGGGGUAAGUUUAGGCGACGAAAAUUACGAUAAUGGCUGCGUGACUGGAUGGUUCGAUCUCGCGAGUGGCGGCACAGGCGGUGAUCAGGUUGUCACCCAGGAGUGGAAGUGGUAUGCCCCUGCAAACGUUGCCUUCAACACCAAGACCCAUGAGCUCGAGAUUUCCCAGACUUGGCCGUGUGGCGGAGUCGACGAUGCGUUUGAGGCGUAUGUUUUGCAGAAGCUUGACCUGGAUUGCGGGAGUACUGGGAACUCAAUGGCGCCGAGCGUUUGCCAGCCGACGGGUGCGUUGUUUAGCGCGACGGGAGCACCUGUUAUUGUCAAGGGGGUGCUGCCGGAUUUCUUGACGGCGCCGGGGAAAAUCAGAGGCUGCAGUGGCUUCGUCCACUUUAUGUCUCUCAUGCCCGAGACAAACGGCCACUGGCUCUGCGUACAUAUCUUCUAUGUCACAUCCCAUUUCGACGUGAUUACUGUCGCGACAGCCCUACUCACCAUCUCCACUUCCAGCAAUGCCGCCAUCCCCCAAGCCCCCGCCACCUCCACCAUCGCCUAUAGCCUCGGUGGAUUCUCUCAGACCUCUCCCUUGCUGUACACGUUACGCGAUCUCGAAGAAAUCAACGGUGGGAGAAUCAGCCCGCCAGUUUCCAUUCUCACCGUCGACUUGCUCAGCCUAGAGAAGUAA